GGACAAAGUGCAGUCCCUGUACCAGGCAGCCGACCUCCUCCAUCUGGACUAUGUGAGAGACACCUGCAUCAGCUACAUGGCCAUGAAUGUGGAGCGCUCCACCUGUGUGGACCUGUACAAGUUUGCUGAUGUCUUCUCUUUAGACAAUGUCCGAAAAGCUUGUCUGCGGUGGAUGACGAGACACUUUACAGAGGUUGCCUCCAGUGAGGAGUUCUGUGGUCUGAGUUUAAAUCAGCUGACUGAGAUCAUCAGCCACGAUGAGCUGGAUGUUAAAGAGGAGACAACAGUGUGGGAGGCUGUGGUGAGAUGGGUGCAGCACAGCAGAGAGGACAGACUGCAUCACCUACCCAGCAUCCUCCCUCACAUCCGCUACAGCCUGCUGACCUCAGAUGACACGGCAGCCAUCUUGGAACACCCCCUGGUUAGGGAGGAUCCUGGGAGUUCAGAGGUCAUCAAGAAUGUGGUACACAGAGGUGCCUCCAACAUAAAGCCGAGAUUUGGGAUUGGUGCAGAGGAAAUGGCCCUUUUUAUUCAAGCCCGUUCCAACAGGAUGCAAGGCAUAAACCCCAGAUUGGGGAAGUACUUCAGCUGCAGUUUAGCUGAAAUUCCUCCUAUCGUCAGUGCUACAGUCACCAGUGACAACGAAAUCUACGUCCUGACUGCGAAGUCAAAGGAUCAGUUGUUCCUGCUGUUGUACAAUCAAAUGAAGGGUGUCUGGGAACAAAAGUCAGUAGUGGAGAGGCUACCCGGAUCGCUAUGUCACCAGUACCUUUUGGCUGUUGAUGGACAUCUGUAUUACUUUUGUUGCAAUUGGACCAAUCCGUCACAGAUCAUUACACUGAAGAAGUAUGACAGGAACACGAUUGAAUGGCAGGAUUGUUCCCAGCUCAAAACUAACAUUUCUUACAUGGAACCAGCAGUGUCAAAUGGCUGCCUCUAUUUGUUAAGCUCAACAGAACUGCACUGUUACAGCCCAAAGGAGGACCGCUGGUUCAAGCGAGCCCCACUGACGGAUAGUACCGAUAUGUUCUGGACAAGUAUUGCCCUGGGUACUGAGAUCUUCCACUCAGACCUUGACUUUACUUCUGUUUCAGUGUACGAUACUGAUGCAAACAGAUGGCAGAAGCUUCCAGCAGGGAAAAGUGCUCUUGAGGCUGAGGACAGAAAAUACCGUGCUAAUCUAUUUGUACUUGAGAACCAGCUACAUGUGUAUUUAAAUACCCAAGAGCCAGACUAUCGGCAAGUACUUGUGUUUGACAGGUGUGAGGGUGUUUGGAGAGAAAUGGAUGUCACCCUGCCUGAUAACUUGGUAUGGAUAUGUUCACCUGUUGUUGCACGUGUCUACCUGCCAGGUGUGUUGGGCAGGUGUGCUAACACUCAGAGAACAGCAGAUGCAGGAGACAGAGCUGUCUGAUUGUAUCAUAAGUGCUGCUGUCAGCUUUUGCUGCAUGACCUUUACAGUGGCAUUAUUUUGUUUUGUGUAGCACUUUGAUUGUAAGACAACAGCCUUUGUUUGUUUCAUUUGUAUAGAGAAUCAUAUAUGUGUGUAGCACUGGAAGUCACUGGGCAUUGUGUCAUCAAAAAAAAAAAUUUAAUUGUUUUUGCUCUACUUUUGUGUUUCAUAACUGAUUCAAGUUGUAGGUAUUUUGGUAGUUUCUUAUUGUUAUAUAAUUUUUGCUAGAUUUAACUGUGAAGAACAAAAUAUAAUAUGGAAAAGUUGUAUGUUUCGGAGUUGGGACAAUUGUUUUAUCACGCCAAGCAUUCUCUUUGGUGAGAGUCAAGAGAUGUUGCUGUUUUUGUUGUUUUUAAAUCUUUUUUCAUCACCAGUUAUUAAGUAUUACUACAAGUAACGUUUAUUGAACGGAAUCAACAUGAUACAUGUACCAGUAAUUGUAUGGUACAGUAUUUAGAAAUAAUGAAGUCACUUUGAUUGAACCAUUGUAUCUAUUUUUCAAGCAACAAAUAAAUGAUACUUGCACUGAG